AUGACUCCCAAGCGACAGUCAAGUAAGGCAUCAUCCUCGGAACCGAUGGCUCAGAUGUCAGCUGGUCCGGCCGAGGAGCAGCCUGCACUGAACAAAGAUGGCAGCCGACGCAAAUCGCGGGUGCUGCGACGCAAGACCGACCAUUCGGUGAUUGAGAGGCGCAGGAGAGAAAAGAUCAACGAGAAGCUAGUGGCUCUGCAGAAUCUUGUGCCUGCGUGUCGCAAAGAGUGCAGGGAUCUGAUCGAGCGCAAGUUUGCCGAAGCAGCCACCUCCGCUCCAUCGGCGAAGCGCAAGCGAGAGGAAGAGAAGCUGGCAAAGGCGCAGAUCGAGAUGCAGGAGAAGAUCAAGACAAGCAUGGUUCUCGAGAAGCUCUGCAUCAUCAGCCACACGCUUGACUUUGUCAACCAGCUCCAAGAAGAGAACGAGGCGCUGAGGGCUCUGUGCGAAUGCCAAGCCCAGACCAAGAGACGCUUCUCCAUGACCAGCGACGUCGAGAUGGACGAGCACUAUCGCGAUGCCCACAACCUCGAGGCUCCCACCGCUACCAUCUCGAACGGGAAGUAUCAGGAUGGCAGAGCUGCGGAUGAUCAGAAACGGGAGUGUCUCUCGUCCCCGGAGCCGGAUCUGUUGCCAGAGACAGCAAGCCGAAACGUCCGACGACGACUGCAUUGGGGCAGCGAUCGUGUUCGUGAGAGCUGCAGCCUCACCGAAGGUGUCUGCCGCCACCACGUGGAUCAGGACGUCAGCCACGCCGACGACGUCUCGAGCCAACGAUGUGCGUCAACCUCGUCGCAGUGUGGCUCUACCUCUCCGCCCGCAGCAAGCUGCAAGGCCUUGACACUUUCGCCGCCUGGGAGGGAAGGAAGGUGCGGCAGUGUUUCUGGGUGUCGUCCAUCUGUAUGUGGCGAUUCUAGCUGCCGGUCAUCCCUCUGGACCAAAGACUCGUGUUGCCGAGAAGAAGAGGCGCUAUCCUCGUCUGCUUCCGACGAGCCUGCGUCGCCGCCACCCGCUGUGGCCAGCUGGCGUGAGCCUGGCUCGACAUACCGUCAGGCACUUCCGAACAGACACCUUCUCCCUUCCAUACUGCAUCUGGGUCUACCCAAUUGCGAUCCCUACCAUCCGGUAGUAGGGAACAAGCAUGCCUACUCGAUGCAUAGCAAGUAUCCGAGCAACCCCAAGCUUGAUGGAGCUGCCAUCGAAGCGCACAUCUACCUUCCCACCGCAACCGGCUUUCCUUUGAGCCGCAGUCGUUCGCAUCUCCACAGCUUUCUGCGCCGCAGCCAUUGCAUCCAGCCGGCACAGGCAAUCGUCAUCGCCAUCCGCAACCACGCUCCGAUCACACCUUGCUAUGCAUCUCUCACACUCGUAGUCAGCCGUCGCACCUCGCGUCACACCAUCUGCGACCAUCUGCCGUCUAGGGCUGUCUCCUUCUUGCGACAUCCAGCCCUUCUCGUUCCCUAUCACCAUCUUGGUCCGAGCUUCAUGACACGCGCCGACAUGCCAUCCGCACGGCCCUCUCCGCCCCUCCGGCAUCGACCGUCGAGGCGACGUGGCGCGAUCUCGACUCUGUGCACCCUUGCGACGUGCGCAUCCGUCGUACUAGCCAGCUCUCUAAUCACCCCCUCGCUUGCAGCCUCCGACGCCCUUGCAGCACAGUCGAUAGCGCCAAGAGAUGCCCUGGAUUCAAGUCGCAGCGACGGCGCCUCGGUCCGCGUGCGCGCAAGCGGAUCAUUAGACGACAAGUCCGGUGCACGAUCCUCCGCCGCCACAUCGGAUCCACUCAACCGUCGCGAGCACAUCACCUUCCAGUAUUCCGACCAGCCAAAUCGACUGCACAACGACCAUACGCGCCUCGACACCGACCCGCAAGUGUUGCCAGAUGGACCGUACCACGCAGCCUCAUCGUCGGACGAAGACACUUCGUCGCCGCCGUAUCCGGAUCCUCACUCAUUCCGCCUCUCCGCGAAAGGAUCUGCGUACGAAGCGCGACCAUCUUCGCCACGCUCCAACCUCUACAAUGGCGACCUCGUCGGCAAGCAGACCGGCAGCGGCUACGUCUUUGUCCGUCGCACCGAUCCGGGCACCGCCCUCGCCACGCUCUUCUCUCGCCGCGACGCCCCCGUCAGCCGCCCGCCGCUCGUGCCCAACUCCAAUUCGAGGCUGCUCAUCGGUCUCGUCAUUGUCUGCAUUCUCGCCGUCGGCGUCCUCACCCUCGCAGCGCAGGAGAUGUACCGAAGGCUGCAGACCAUCGGUCAGCCACGCUCGCCCCUGCGCAGAAGGUCGGGCGAAGGCAGGCCCGCACGCACUCUCUACCGCAGCGACUCGAGCUACACGUCCAUCCCCACCCAUCUCGCCGCGCCGUCACUCGAAGAAGAGGAGGAGCGCAUCGUCACCCCGCCCGCCCUCUCGCGUCGCAGCAGUGCCGCAGCCUCGUCACUCGCCUCCUCGCCUCACAACGAGCUCAACGAUGACUCGGACGAAGAUGACCUGGAGCGCAAAGCUCCUCCGGACCUGCAUUACCUUCAGCUGCCGUUUGGCAUUGGUAUUGGGUACAGCUACGCCAGCAUCGCCGAUGGCGGCGACGCCAGGACACGGCUCUCGACACUAGCAGCCAAACGCGCGCGGCGGCAGGAGCAUGCACGCUCUGGCUCGGCACUGGCGCUGUCUACAGGUGCCUUGCCCGUGCCUGGAACCGGCCUGAGAUCUCGUACGCGCUCGUUCAAGGACUUGUGUCGCGAUGCGCUCAGCGGCGCCACGACGCGCGGCAUCAGCGUCAUCUCGGAGGAAGUCGCAGACAGCGACAUGUCGUCCGUCUCGACGCCCCGGUGGGGGUCCGGUCCCGUCUCGCUCGAUCUCUCUUCGUCAGAGAGUCGCAGUGGCACCGUGACGCCUACAGGUCCCAACGGCACAAGCAGCGGCGUCGGAGCAGCCGUGUCCGGCAUCGCGCUCGAGGACUUUGCGCCGCACAAGACGGCUCCCGCGGCCAAAGGACGCUACUUCGGAACCGACGCCUCCUCCUCCACCUCCUCUUCCUUGGGCCACACUCUGAUCGACCUCGGCACCGGUCCGCCCGAGCUGGCGAUAUCGGAUCCCGAGGGGAUCACGCGGCCAGCAUCCACGCCCGGCGUCAUGCCGUCGCAGGUGGCACGCCAUCCGCAGGUGGAGCAGCUGCGUCGCGAGGGCCGCGCCGAGACGGGCAAGCGCGUCGGCAAGGGCACACCCACCAACGCCAAGCUGUUAUAG